AUGACACCAGAGCAGAUCCCUCUCGGCUACUACACGCAUCUCAACUUUGCUUUCGCGUACAUCGACCCUCAGACCUUCCACAUCGCCCCGAUGAACAACAACACGGCGUCGCUGUACAAGGCAGUGACAGCCCUGAAGCGCAAGCAAUCAAACUUGCAGGUGUGGAUCGCCAUUGGGGGCUGGGCCAUGAACGAUGCCAGUCCGACUCAAUUCCUCUUCUCUGACCUGGCGGCCUCACAAACUGCCCAAGACGCAAUUUUCGACUCGCUCUUCAGCUUCCUGCAGGCCAACGAAUUUGAUGGGGUGGACUUGGACUGGAAGUAUCCGGUGUCAGAGGAUCACGGCGACGGAACAUGGGACAAAACAAAUCACGACGACCCCUACAAAGCCUACGCGCACACCAACCUCACGGAAAUCAACCGCGCCCUCGAGCUCCUCUGCCGCAACAACAUCAACCCCGCCCGCGUGAACCUGGGCCUGGGCUUCUACGGCCGCAGCUUCACGAUGAAAGACCCACAUUGCACGACGCCAGGCUGCCAAUUCACGGCCGGCGGUCGCCCCGGCGAGUGCACGUCCACUGCCGGCGUGCUGUCCAACACGGAGACUCAGAAGGUGCUCGGCGCCAACGCCACGGGGACCCAUGUUACAUUCUACAAGGAGGAUGCCGUCAAGGUGCUCACGUGGGAUCAAUAUCAGUGGGUGAGCUACGAUGAUACGGAAACACUGAAGCUCAAGCUGGAGCUGGCGAAUCGCCGGUGUCUGGGGGGCACGAUGGUGUGGGCGGUGGAUCUGGAUGAGGAUGGGAUGCUGAUUGAGGCGUUGGGGUCGGCAAUGGAGAUGAAGAAGGCCCAGGUCUGAGAUACUGGGGAGCUGUAUUCGUUGUUGAUUCCCGAGUGGGGCACUGAGGAUGUGGAUGAUGUAUU